CCCUCUCUGAACCAUGGAAGACCACUUCAACGAAGACUACUUCGAGUUUGACUACAGCAACUACCCCUUCGAAUUCUACAACUACACCUUCGACGGCAACUUCACCUACACCAUCAAGGACCACUCUUGGGACGUCAUCAUCUACAACGUGGUCGCUCCCGUCAUGCAAUGCGCCAUAGGCAUGACGGGAUUGAUCGGUAACGGUCUGAUCAUGUACGUCAUCUUCAAGUACGCGUCCAUGAAGACUGUGGCGAACGUCUACGUCUUGAACUUGGCCGUGGCGGAUUUUCUAUACUGCCUGACUUUCCCCAUCUGGACCAUAGACUACAUCCUGAGGAUGUGGAUUUUCGGCAGAGCCAUGUGCAAGAUCGUCCGAAGCAUCUUCAACAUCAACACGUUUGCGUCUAUCUACAUCCUCACCAUGAUGAGCAUCGAGCGGAACUCGGCCGUCCUGCACCCAGUGAGGAACCGGACAGACAGGUCCCUGAAGAAGGCUAAGAUCAUCUGCGGCAGUAUCUGGGUGUUCGCGCUGCUCUGCUGCCUGCCUUACAUCGUGUUUGCUGACACGGUGGACUUCGGUGGCGUGCCGGUGUGCCUGUUUAACUGGCACGGCAGUGUGCAGACUCAGGAGUGGUGGCGCAGUGUGAACGCGAUUUACCUGAUGGCGAUGGCCUUCCUGGUGCCGCUGUGCAUCAUGGUCCCCAACUACGUGCUCAUCUACCGCAAACUGCUCAACACGGACGUCAUCCCGCCGGAGUUCAGGCGCGCUGUCAGGUCGCGUCACCGCGUCACCAGGAUGGUCAUCGUGGUCGUGCUGACGUUCAUCGUGUGCUGGCUGCCGCUGCACAUCGGGAACGUCAUCAGGUUCGUGGUUGGCCAUAACGUGAACGCCACUGUCUGGUACUUCCUGAACGUCAUCGCUGACAUCAACACGUGCGUGAACCCGUUCCUGUACGCGCUGCACGGGGAAAACUUCCGCAUGACGCUGCAGCGGACACUCUGUGGGUCAAAGUGCUGCCCAAAACGCUUCCGUCCAACUCGCCAAGAUGAGAUGUUCUCCAUGCACUUCACCAGUCGCCGCUCCACGGCCGGCACGCCCAUCGAGCUGUCUACUGUCCGCAUCAACCAUAACCUGGACUGGACCGGACGGACCCCUCCUACAUUCCGCACCAACAUGACUAACCAUCGCAGACACCAGCUUAACAGCAUUGAUAUGUUUUAA